AUGGCUGUGAACAUGAUGCCAGAUCCCACCAUUUGGCCAGGGGAGGACCAACCAUCGCUGCUGGACCAGGAGGACUCUCUGUUGAGCCAAGCCGUCGUCUCUGUGCCAUGCACACCAGUCAGAGGUGAAGCACUCAUCCACAGCGGCAGCAGCAGCCCGGGUUUUAAACAUUCGCCUGUUCCUUUUCGUCCCCCAUGUGUAGGUAAUGGGAUCCACCCAACGUCCGCAGAGAGCAGCUCUCCGGUCAUCUGCUCUCCUCCCAGAAGACAGCACUCCAUCUCUUACCCCCAUCACAACAAGACCAGGAAGGGGAGCAGGGCGAGCUCCAUCGGCUACACCGCCUUCUCGCCCAGGCCGUCGCUCUCUCGCCACUCAAGCAUCGCGACCAACCCGCCCCUGGACCGGACCAAGGUCAAAGACUACCUCCUCCUCUCGGUGCUGGCCUGCUUCUGCCCCGUCUGGCCCAUCAACAUUGUGGGAUUUGUCUACUCCAUCAUGUCCAAGAACAGUCUCGAGCAGGGAAACCUGGACGGCGCCGUGCGUCUGGGGCGUGUGGCCAAGAUGCUCUCUAUGGUGUCACUUGUAGGAGGGACGGUCAUUAUCAUCGCCUGCAUUGUCAACCUGGCUAGUGAGUGUCCCAAAUCUGACCUUUGAACCUUAACCUCACCUUUUAUACCCCCUGUGUGCAGUGAUUCGUCCCCCUUGAAAUUUGUAGCAUUAGCCCUGCUACCACUGAUCCUCUUGCCCCAAAAACCUUUUCCUGUCACCCUUUAUCCCAUCACAGUAUAAUAUUUAGCUCUGUUAGCACAAUCUGACUGUAACCACUGAUAUUAUUACCCAUGUUUUUCACAAUAUUGCACUAGUUACAGUGUCCCCCCGAGUAUUUAGACACUGUCACACUUUAUGAACUGUGUCAACUCUUCACAGAGAUCAGAGCUUAUUCAUCAAAUCUACAUUUUCUGACAUGUUUUGUCUCUUUGCACGGGUGGCCUCCAGCUGUAACCAAUUGCAUGCCUCAGAUUGCUGUGUGUUUAUCUGUAGAGUGACAUGUGUAGUUUGCUUUCUGUUGUAUGCCUUUCCCUGUUUGCUUGUACACAAUGUGAAGUCUUG